UCUACAUCAAUACACAGAGUACUCACAUACCCUCAGCUGCUCUCUCUCUCUCUCCGACACACACAUAUGUCAAUAAACCACUUCUCUUCAGACCUUCCAGAAGCAAUGUGGCGGACUCAAAAACAACCAAUGAUGAUACAAACCCCAGAGUCCCCUCCUUCAAAACACAAAGCUUUUUUAUCUCAACCCAUUUGGUCCAACCCUCAACUCUACCACGCUGUACCCACCACCGCCUCCGCCAUGUUCGGUGGCCAAAACACCUCUCUCAGCUUCAACCUAAAUCGAGAAGACGAAGAACUCGAAGAACAGCUCACAGAUGACAGAGAAACCAUCACCCAAGAAAAGCAAGAAGACCAAUACCAAACACAGGAAAUACCAAAACAAGCCAUGUUUGAGAAGCCAUUAACUCCGAGCGAUGUGGGUAAGCUCAACCGGCUUGUCAUACCCAAACAAUACGCAGAAAAGUUCUUCCCACUCAGUGGCGGUGACUCGGGCGAAAAAGGGUUGUUGCUGAGUUUUGAGGACGAGUCAGACAAAACAUGGAGGUUUAGGUAUUCAUAUUGGAACAGUAGCCAAAGCUAUGUAUUGACUAAAGGGUGGAGCCGCUUUGUGAAAGAAAAGAGGCUCGAUGCCGGUGAUAUAGUGGUAUUUGAGAGCGCCAGAGAGGACAAAAACAGGCUUUUUAUUGGGUGGAGGAAGCGGACAGCCACCGUCAGUGGGGUUGCUCAACCAGGUAUGGUGGUGGCAGCUGGAGGAGGUGGCAGUGGGUGGACCCGAGUGUUCUAUUCUGGGCAUCCUUAUCCUUCAGAACCAAAUGGGCCUUCUCUUCCAUACCAACCUGACUGUCGUCAUGCAGGCUCAGUUGUGCACAACCAUAAGACACCCAGUGGAAACUCCAAGAGGUUGAGGCUGUUUGGGGUGAACCUGGAGUGCCAGGCAGAUGAUUCCGACUCACCCACACCUGAAAAUUCCUCCAUGUCGAGCCAGGGUCAAGCUCACUUUCAAUAUUACAAUCCUACAGCUCAUGGUUCAAACCAUCACAAUCAAAAGGAUAUCAAUUUCCCAGAGGAUGUCAACCAGAUGAGAUAUCACCGAGGAUAAGAUCUGUGGAUGUGACGUCUAUGAUUGACUUAUUGGGACACUUGAGAUGUCCCAAAAAAAAAAAAACCAAUUCUUUUGGGAAAAAAAAGGACAAGAAAAAUAAAAAAAUUGGGAAAAUCCCAGAUUUUCUGGCAACUUUUCUCUCACUAAAAAAAAAAGAAGUGUUAAUAUCAAGCUCUCAGAUCCAAUGGGUACGGGAAGGACUAGAUAUAAAAUGGAGUAGAAACUUCAAGAGACUUCAGGAAGGUAAAGGGUAGAUUGGCUAAUGUGUGGGUCCCAACAAGAUAGGGCUGACGCCAUCAAGAUCAAGUGGGAGAAUAUGGGUCACAGCAAUCAGGAAUCUUCAUACAAAAACUAUGUGCCUACUGUUGAGAUUCUGCCUGAAGAUUUUUCAUGGGGCUUCAUCAUCAUGAUAUAUAACAAUAAGUAGGAGAUGGUGGGUAAGUGGAGUUUUUUAUUUUUAUUUUUAUUUUUUUUGGGAGGGGGUGGGGGUAGACUUUUACAGUUCUUCAUCUCCUAUAAGUUAAUGUUAAUUUCCUGUUUUCCUUUUUCUAAUUCUUGUGAUAGGCACGUUAUGUUGUUGCUAGUCAGAUGGCAAAGCUAUCUUUUAUUGAGACAUACUGUGGUGAUGAUGAUUAUUUGUGCUGACCAGUU